AUGUCAGAGGCCAUGUCAAGCUCUGAGCCUUACAUUGGGCCGAUGGCACCUCCCACCACGUCUCAAGCUAAACAAACCAACCAGUGCCUCGAUUCAUUGACCGGGGUCACGAACACCUCAGCACAGACUGAGGGGACGACAGCGGCAUCAAAACCCGGCGACAGCACCACUAACUUCAUUAUUUUUACUCGCAAGUCCGAUCCCCGCCACGAUGGUCGCUACAUCAUCCUCGAUAUCUCACGCAGUCGCGCCCUGACGUGCCACGAUGGACACUUGCACCUUGAGGCAAUCGACCUAAACAUUCCCCACCGACACGUAUCAGGUCAUGCGCAAUGGGAGUGCAAAGAAAGGGGUGGCUUUAGAGGGUUCAAGAAUAUUGCCCAAGGGACCUUCUUGGGCCAUGACAGCUGGUGGGACUUCUACGCGAAAGUGUACCAACAUAACGGAUGGGAGGACUUUACUCUGUGGCGACGUGAAGAUGGCUUGUGCUGGAUUCAGAGUCUGGAUUGGUGGAUACAGAGGCAGGUUUCUGCGAUGGAGGACGGAAGCGGCUUGUUUCGACAGGAUGACGGAAGUACUUUGUGGGAGUUUGUCAAGGUUGAGAACGAUGAUGCAUUGUUCCUAUGUAGAAUGAGCUAG